AUGAGAAUUACGCAAAUUACAGUGGCAGCAGCAGCAGCUACACUCGCCCUCGUUGAGGCUGAAGAAUUUUUAAUACGUUUAAAAGCGCCCAAGACUUUGGCCAAACUAGUUGAAAAUCAUAUUAGCGAUGAUCUCUUAGAUGCUUUCUCAGAGGGCAAAAUAUUGAAGACCUUUUCGUUUGGUAAAUUCGAAGGUUUUACGGUUGACUUCCCCAUGAGUUCGAUCGCGAAGCUAAGAAACAACCCACUGGUCGCAGAAAUUGUGCCCAAUGUGGAAUUCAACGUCUUUGACAAUGAAAGCUCAGAGAAGGACAAAAGUGAAGGCGGUGGUGAUGGAGAAAAAGACAAAAGCGACGGCGAUGAAGAGGACGACGACGACGAUGACGAAGAGGACGACGACAAUGACGAAGAGGAUGACGACGAUGACGACAGUGAGAAUGACAAAGAUGAUAUCGAAUUUAGUGAUAUCAGCGCCCAAACAUUCGCACCUAGACACCUGGCCAGGAUUUCGCGCAGAUCUGCUUUGCCAUACAACCCCAACGAUGUUGCCACCGCUAGUUCCAACUUUAGCUAUUAUUAUGACAUGGACUUUUUGGGAACUUGUGUCAACGCCUAUGUGAUUGACACCGGCAUCUACAAAGAGCACAACGAAUUUGACGGAAGAGCUAUUUUUGGAGCAGACUUUACCGGAGAAGGGCCAGGCGAUUUCAAUGGUCAUGGUACUCACGUUGCCGGUCUCAUCGGCUCCAAGACAUUUGGUGUAGCAAAAGAUGUGAGUCUUAUUGAGGUGAAAGCUCUCAAUGCGAAAGGUCAAGGUAACCUGACAUCUGUCAUCAGUGCUUUAGAAUUUACCGUUAACCACUGCCGCGAUAGUAAACGCGGAUGUGUGGCAAACUUGAGUCUGGGGUCGUUCAGGAAUUCCGUUUUGAACCAGGCCGUUGAGGCAGCCCUCGAAGCAGGUGUGGUGAUAGUGGUGGCCGCCGGAAAUUCAAAUGCAAACGCAUGCUGGAGCAGCCCCGCAUCUUCUCUAUCGUCACUCACUGUGGGGGCAUUUGACGACAGAACCGACACCAUUGCCAGGUUUUCAAACUGGGGCAACUGCGUUGAUAUCUUUGCUCCGGGAGUAAAGGUAUAUUCUGUAGCUAACAAGCCACAUUUCAGUCCAGUCGCCUACUCGGGUACCUCUAUGGCUUCACCAAUAGUUGCUGGAAUGGCCGCGCUACUUUUGGAUAGUGGAGUGCAUCCUUUGGAUGUGAAGAAAGGAAUUCUGGAACUGUCAACAGAUUCCGUGUUCCAUAAGCGAAGUCUAGUUUUCAAACCUGGAACACCUAACAAAAUUCUCUUCACCGGCGUGGACAAGCAAGACGAUGUUUUUGAUAAUGCCGUUUAUCCCGGGAUCGACAUUGACCAGUUGGUGAAAGAUUUGGAAAGUUACAAUAAGGAUGGACAUGUAGCCGAAGACGAUGCCACUCUGCCAUUGGGGGAGAUAAAGCUCAAGAAACGGUCCAGAGUCACAACUUUGAUGCCUUUCGUCAAGCCCAUUUACCCAACCACAGUUGCGGAACCUACGUGCACUAUCUACAGUAGCGUUAUGUGUCAUUAG